UCCUGCUCUUCCUCAUCCUCAUCCUCAUCCUCAGGUAUGAGUCCUAACCCUCAGCUGCAGCAUCAGCACCAACUCCUCAGACCGGAUCCGACGCGCGCGUCCACUCGGCGGCUUUUCCUCCUCAGGUGGAUGGAACGCACAGCCCACGGCCACAGGGGACACGCGCUGCGCAUUUUGACUGCGAACUUCACACAUUGACAAGAAGUGAUUGAACAAGAAGAAGAAGAAGAAAGAAGGAAAACACACCGGCCAUGGCGACAAUAGGGGAAUUCGACCCACUCAACUCCACGGUACCUGCCACGAAGAUUGAAGUCACCGUCUCCUGCAGAAACCUGUUAGACAUGGACACCUUCUCCAAAUCAGACCCAGUGGUGGUGUUGUAUGUUCAAGGCCUUGGCACUAAGGAGUGGAGAGAGUUCGGUCGGACAGAAGUGAUCGACAACACUCUGAACCCUGACUUUGUGCGGAAGUUUGUCCUCGAUUUCUUCUUUGAAGAGAAGCAGAACCUUCGCUUUGAUGUAUACAACGUGGACACCAGGAGUUCCAACCUUUCCAAACACAAGGACUUCCUGGGUCAGAUGUUCUGUACGCUGGGGGAGAUCCUGGGCUCGACUGGCAGCAGACUGGAAAGGACGCUGUCUGGGAUCCCUGGGAAAAAAUGUGGAACCAUCAUCUUCACAGCUGAGGAGCUCAGUAACUGCAGAGAUAUCGCCACCAUGCAGUUCUGCGCCAACAAGCUGGACAAAAAGGAUUUCUUCGGCAAGUCCGACCCGUUCCUGGUCUUUUACCGGAGCAACGAGGAUGGAACGUUCACCAUCUGCCAUAAGACCGAGGUGGUCAAGAACAAUCUGAACCCAGUGUGGCAGUCGUUUACCAUCCCCGUACGAGCGCUCUGUAAUGGAGACUAUGACAGGACGGUGAAGGUGGACGUUUACGACUGGGACAGAGACGGCAGUCAUGACUUCAUCGGAGAGUUCACCACCAGCUACAGAGAACUGUCCAGAGGCCAGAGCCAGUUCAACGUCUACGAGGUUUUGAAUCCUAAAAAGAAAGGCAAGAAGAAGAAAUACGUCAACUCGGGGACGGUGACGCUGCUGUCUUUCAAGGUGGAAUCAGAAUAUACGUUUGUGGACUUCAUUCGAGGAGGGACACAACUCAAUUUCACCGUGGCCAUCGACUUCACAGCAUCCAACGGUAACCCCUCCCAGCCCACCUCUCUGCACUACAUGAGUCCGUACCAGAUGAACGCCUACGCCAUGGCGCUGAAGGCGGUGGGCGAGAUCAUCCAGGACUACGACAGCGACAAACUCUUCCCAGCCUACGGGUUCGGAGCCAAACUCCCCCCAGACGGCAAAAUAUCCCACGCCUUCCCACUGAACUCCAACACAGAAAACCCAAACUGCGUGGCCAUCGAAGGCGUACUAGAGGCGUACUUCCAGAGUCUACGGACCGUCCAGCUCUACGGACCCACCAACUUCGCUCCUGUCAUCAGUCAGGUGGCCCGAUGUGCUGCAGAGGUGACGGACGGAUCCCAGUACUUCGUCCUGUUGAUGAUCACAGAUGGCGUCAUCUCAGACAUGGCUCAGACCAAAGAGGCUGUGGUCAACGCCGCCUCCCUGCCCAUGUCGAUCAUCAUAGUGGGAGUGGGCCCCGCUGAGUUUGAUGCUAUGGAGGAGUUGGACGGAGAUGAGGUGAGGGUGUCGUCCAGAGGGAGAUUCGCAGAGAGAGACAUCGUCCAGUUCGUUCCUUUCCGGGAUUACAUCGACCGCUCAGGGAACCAGGUCCUGAGCAUGGCCCGGCUGGCCAAGGACGUCUUGGCGGAGAUCCCCGACCAGCUGCUGUCCUUCAUGAAGAGCCGGGGAAUCGAACCCCGCCCCCCAGUGGCGGCCACUUCAGACUCCCCUUCGGUGUCCACCAACACCACCACCACCACUCCUGCAUCCAAGCAGCGCAACGUGCACGCCUGAAGCCGAGGCGGCCAAUGGGAACAGCGCAGGAGUUGAAGAUCUGAGCACAGCAGGAUGUGUUUGUGUGUUUGUGCAUGGAUUCAGGGUUGGACCAAAAAGAACCCAGUCACAACCAUUUCAAAAGUACAUUGAAAGGGAGAUCUAGCAGAUGGAAAAACAGUCCGUUCCUCUAAUAGUGU